UUGUCUUCUCUGUCUCGCUCUCUUCACACAGCACACAGACAGAGUUGGCACAAUAUACUACAAUGGAGCAAUGCAGCUACUCUUCCUCAUCAUCUUCAACCUAUCAGCUGCUGCAGAAAACACAGGAAGACACUAUGAAAACAAACACGACUUCCUCAUUGUCAGCAGUACUGCACUCCGUCCGGAAACCCCUGGCGAAGCACUGGAAGAAACCUGCCAUUGCGCCGCCGCCCCCGGUUCCGGCCAGAGUCUACAAGGUGGAACCCAAAAACUUCAAGGACGUGGUGCAGAAGCUCACCGGCGCACCUAAGUUCCAGCCCCAGCGGCGGUUACAACGCACGCCGCCUCCUCCCCUCGACCUGAUUCCCACACCCCCAUGCCCAAACAACAUAAUAGAUACUCGAGUACCACCGCCGCAGCCCCUCCUCUCCCAGCCGACACCGUUAAUUUCUCCGGUGUACCGGGAUUUGAUGUCGGAAACGCUGGAAACAAAGCCAUGGAGGCACUACUCAUCGGAAGCAGGAGGUUGUCUAAUGAGUGGGAACGGGAGUGGGAGCCCUCUCGGUUUUGGGAGCCUGAAUUCGCCAUCUUCAUAUGCGUGGUGCUUCCCACUGUUGAGUCCGGGAACUCUGUCCAUCUUGGAGCAAGGCACGGUUUAAAUGUAAUUAGCAAAGCUUUUCCUCAUCAUGUCAUUUGGUGGGGCAAGUAAAGUUAUGUUCAAUAAUUAUUAUUCCAAUACAAUGCCAUUUCCACCACGUA